UUUCGAGAUCCCUGCAUGAAAACCUUCUGUGGAUGUUCACAGGCGGAGCGAGCAUGUCGGGGCGCAAGGAGGACGCGCGCUGCGGACAGAGGAGUCAUGGAGCUGGAGAGACUGAGGGAGGGGGGACGAGAUGCCGUGUACUUGGGCACCUGGCCAAGUGGAGGAAACAGAACAAACCCCUCAUUCCAGCUGCGAGGAGCUGUCAGAGUAGUGACAGAGGCCACCGCGGCAGAGACGUCGCCGCUCUUCACUGACGGCAUCACCAACAAGCUCAUGGCCUGCUACAUGGAGGAGGGGAUGGCGGACGCCGUCCUGGUGAGAGUCUACGGCCGGAAGACGGAGCUGUUUGUGGACCGGGACAAUGAGCUGAAGAAUUUCCAGGUGCUGCAUGCCCAUGGCUGUGCCCCCAAGCUCUACUGCACCUUCCAGAAUGGCCUCUGCUAUGAGUUCAUGCAGGGGAUGGCGCUGGGACCUGAGCACGUGCGGGAGCCGCAGAUCUUCAGGUUGAUCGCCUGGGAAAUGGCUAAAAUACACACAAUUCACGCCAACGGGAGCCUACCCAAGCCCAACCUGUGGCACAAGCUACACAAGUACCUUGCCAUCAUGAAAACGGAGCUCUCCACGAAAGCAUCCAACCCCAGACUCCGUCAGGAAGUGCCCAGCCUGGAGGUGCUAGAACAAGAGCUUGCCUGGCUGAAGGAAUAUCUCUCCCAGCUGGGCUCCCCCAUCGUGCUCUGCCAUAACGACCUGCUGUGCAAAAACAUCAUCUACAACGAGACCCAAGACCAUGUGAAGUUCAUAGACUAUGAAUACGCCGGUUACAACUACCAGGCUUUCGACAUUGGGAACCACUUUAACGAAUUUGCAGGGGUGAACGAGGUGGAUUACAGCCUCUACCCCAGCCGAGACAUGCAGCUGCAGUGGCUGAGGUACUACCUGCAAGCCUACAAACCGCUGAGCCGGGACAACCAGGGAGGGGGAGUCGUCUCUGACAAGGAGCUGGAGACCCUCUACGUGCAAGUGAACCAGUUUGCUUUAGCCUCUCAUUUACUUUGGGCCUUCUGGAGCCUGAUCCAGGACCGAUAUUCCACCAUCGAAUUCAACUUCUUCAGGUAUGCCAGGCUGAGAUUUAAACAGUACUUCAAGGCCAAGUCAGUGGUGACAGCGCUGGAGAUGCCAAAAUGACAUCUUGAAGGUUGCUUCUGUUCCACUAGAUUCCCAGCUGUUUUCUCCCGCACAGACUGGCUGCGGCCGUGUCCUCAAACCUCAGUCAGCCACCAGCUAGCGGAGGGGGCAGAUCGUCUGAAGGGAGAGGGGGGAAAAGGGAAGAAAGACUUUCCAGGAAGCCAAAGAUUAAAUGAAGCCCCUGGAGCACAGUUAUCCCAUUUCUGGAUUUAGCCCCAUCGUCGGUUUUGCUGAUGGGGCGGCAGUGCCUUCGGGGGAUGACGCCAGAACUUGGCUGCUGUCGAGACUCUUGGUUCAGUGGCAUUCAGGAAGGCCAGGAGCUCAGCUGGACUCAGGACUGCCUUGCCGCUUAGUAUCGUCUGUGCGAUGGGAGCUGGCUUGGACCUCCUUUGUUCCUUGGGCCGGGUGUCCCGGCAGGUAUGUGCUUUACCGAAGCAAACUGUGUUGCUGCUUGGUGUCGCGUCCUCCAUGGGGCACGGGGAAUUCGGUCAAUCCUGUCUCAAGUGGGGACGGGGCAGAUGCUGCCCCGCUUGCCCCCAGGCUCCCCUUCUUCGCUAUAUUGCCAGAUCGUCAACGAUCUAGACCCCUUGCCCUUUAUUCCUGAACGCACACUUGGGGGUUACACAAGGUAGCCUGCACAGGGGCUGGAGAACCUAUUACUAGUCCCUGCCGUGGGCUAACCAAAGGCACAUGGGGGAAGAAGGGGCCCUUCCUUUAGUCCCAAGCCUUAAUGAUGAGGGUGACAGCAGCUGGCAGUGACCCCUGCACCCCCACUCCUCAGCAUUGUGGUUGCCUAUGUAAGGAGGCCAGUGGUUGCUCAAAGAGGAGAUGAAGACCCCCUGGCCCUGGAGAAUGGUUCUGCGUGCCAAAGGAAGGAAAUUUCUCUUCCCACAUAGCACUCCUCACCUAGUGCCUUGUCCCACAGCUGGUCAUGGGACAUAUAGCAGGGUGUCCUGGAGAUGUGGCGGAGGAUGCACAUACCUCUUCUCCCCUCCCCUCCCCAUCCCCCUCUACCCCGACGCUCUGCUGCUCAGGCAGUGAGGACCACGCGUCAUGAAGCACAGCUGGCUCCGAGUUGCUAAGUUGAGACGUGAGCUACCCCUGAGCGCAGGCAGAAAGGGGGAGCAUGUUGGGAACUGGAGUAGCUUUGCCUCGGGAGAACUAGAUCCCUGAAUGUUUAGAUCUGGCUUGGAAUUUCCCGUUAGCCCUGCCCGCCUACCCAGGAUGCUGUGGGGCAGGAGGGGCAACUCUGUGCAGCUGCUUCCACUGGCCACACGAAUACUUAAUUCUGGGUGGGGUUCGCACCAGCGUUUUCUUUGGCCUCAACUCCAUGGGGCCGUACUCGCUGGUCUCCUGACGGUAUUUCUACCAGCCAGGGGCUGCUGCAGCCCACGGGACCACUGUGUGCGCUUCAUUCCGGCCUGACGUGGCUCCCAGAGAUGUGUAGCGAGCCGGUAGCGGAUGCAGGCAGAAAUGGUAGAAGCCCGGUGCUCUCCUUGUGGCCUAGGAGUACUCCAUGCCUGAGUCGCUAGUGCUUCCCAUCUCCUUCACGCUGGCCUGGCUGCAGGAAGGGGCCCCCACCCGCGUGUACGGGGGAGAACACAACGGCAGGGGUUACGGGUGGGGUGAUGACCACAGCAAUGGCCGGGAAGUUCCUGGCUGUGCGGUGGGGCCACACUCCAGGUCGGGGCAGCUCUGCACCACCCCGGUUGCACUCACAGCGGGAGCUGGGCAUCGCACCCCCCGCUCCAAAGGUAGCCAGAGUGUCCCCCUCCCCUGCCACGCAGCCAGGGCUCAACUUGGCGCCUUGUGAGCAGCUGGCAGCAUGGGCCUUUUGUUCUGGCAGAGGGUUAAACGGGCCAGGUCAGCUCCUGCUGCAAACUGGAGCCAUUAUGGGUGCUAUAGCGUGGGGGGUGCACUGCAAAAUGAGCACGUUUCUCCCCAUUCCAUGCCAAACCAGCGUCCGCCCCGCUGCUUACAGGCUGGCUUGGCACAGUCUUGCCCUGCUCCCUUCAUCCGCCCACCUGGCUGGCCGCGAUGCCCAGCAGCUCACGUUGUCAGGGUGGCUGCAGUUUUCUGGCGUCGAGCUCUGCCUUCUUUCUCCGUCCUGCACUUCACCUACAGGAUGGUGGGUGUCGCCGUGGUUACGGGUGGUGCCUUCUGCCCGAGGGAACAGGUGCUCCCCUGACGUGGCAAGAGCCUGUUAGCCCAGCGUGUCGGGUGUUGUCUCAAAGGGGGAGCAAAUAAAAAGCUGCUGCUGUCUGGAU